AGUUAGUAUGCACUAUGCCUAGGAGCCGCCAUUGCUCGGGAAAGAAACCAAAAAUAGCACGCCCACUCUACGCUUUAGGCAAAUACCGCGCAACCUUGCCACUAGACUGUCUCGUAAUGCCUCUUUCGAGCUCGUCGGCUAAAAACGCUCGAAGCAUUUGCAACUUCGUUGACCAGAUGCGACCGUCCAUUAUGGGUCUAUAGCACCAGCGACCUUUUCUCUUUCAUACUAUUUUCGUAUUAUUAUCGAGUGUUUUUUCGUAGAGUGUUCACGAUAUCGUCCCGUUAGACAUGGAGAAGCAAGGGGACCAGCUGCGGGAGAUGAAAGCGCAAUUCCGAAUCGAGGAGCGCGACGGUAACUACAGGGAGGCGUCUCGCUACGCCAACAAGAUCGCGAACUCGCUCAAAGACGCGGGGUCGUACCACAAAGCCCUGAAAUGGCUUAAGCGAGACUACGGCUACACAAACCGUGCCAUUGAGCAGCAACGGGUCAAGACGAGAAGAUCUCCAUGCGCAGGCCAAGGCGCACGAUCCGAGUCGCAGGAUGACGGCGAUCUCCAGCGCGACUUGCUCGCGACGCUUCAGAGCCUGGGGGAGAUUCACCUGCGGCUGAACAACUUCCACGAAGCCACCUCGUACAUGGAGCGGCACUACGAACUGGCGAAGGAGAUGCAGGACGCGGUAGAGCAGCAGCGCUCGUCCACGCAGCUCGGCCGAGCCUACUUCGAGUCCUUCUCCCGCGGGGACCCCGCGGUCGCCGGCGGCGGCGGCGGCGGCGCCGCCAUCGAAGCCGCGUUGGAGCAGCAAGCCGCGUCGAUGCGCGCGCUGAUGUCCGCGCGCAAGUAUCUCCAGCGAUCGCUUCAGCUGGCGGAGGAGCUGGCGGAUGCGUACAACAACGUGGGGCUGUUGUUUGAAGAGACAGAGAGCCUGGAGGAAGCGGUUAAUUGCUUCAGUCGCGGGCUCGAGGUGUGCGACGACGAGGAGAUAGGGUCGGUGGACGAGACUCGCACGCGGCUGCACAACUCCCUGGGCCGCGUGUUCACGCGGUCGUGCCAGUGGGAGCGCGCGCGGCAGCACAUCGACAUGGAUGUCAAGAUCUGCGAGCGCCUCAACAACGCCGUGGGGUGCGCCAAGGCGUGGAUCAACAAGGGAGACUUCAGCUUCAAGAUGGAGGAGUACGACGAGGCACAGAGGGCGUUUGAGCGGGCGCGGGAGAUAGCGCGGCAGAUGGAGGACGAGGCGAGUCUAGUGGCGCAGUGUGAGGGCAACCUGGAGGCAGUUCACGGGGCGAAGCGGCAGAGGGAGCGGUGCGAGCAGCUGUGGGCGCAGCACCGCAAGACUCAGCGCCUGCUGGAGCGAGCCAGGUCGAGCGAGGAGCGGCAGAAGCUGUUUGCAGAGGGCAGGGGCAUUCUCAAAGAUCUGAUGGACAUAGCAGAAGGGGCGCUGGCACGCCUCACUCGACUCAAGGCAGCAGAGGAGUAUGUUCGGCUGGGCGACAGGGCAGCGGACACACUGAUGCAGUGCGAGGCGGCAGAGGCCAUGGCUGAUGCGUGCUACAACCUGCAUGAUUUUGCCAAGGCGUGGCGCUGGUACCAUGACUCGCUGGGGUUGAACCGCCGACUAAAAAUCAAAGAGGGCGAGUGUGUCGCGCUGAUAGGAAUCGGCAAUGUGAGUGACGCGAGGUCCGAGCACACACAGGCGCUGGAGUACUACCAGCAAGCGCUGCACGUGGCGGAGGAGGCGGAGGAGAAGGGGGAGUUGCUGACACACAAGGCAUUGCAGCACCAGGUCACCUGUCUGGACAACAUGCAGUACAUGUACUCCAUGCGGCUCUGUGACAUCGAUAAGGCCACCGAGAUCCAGAGGCGGGUAUUGACUCUGAAGCAGAAGAUUGCAGACGCCAAGGCGGCAUUGGGCGAGCCGAGUCAAAGAGAUGACGAUGACGAUGACGACGCUGUUGAUGUUGAUGUUGCUGCUGCUGCUGGUGGUGCAGCUGCUGAUGCGGAUUCUGAUUCGGAUGACGACGAUGUCAGUCUAACUCGUUUGAGCAGCGGCAGAGGAAGAUUGGCUGCUGGUGGGGCUGCUGCUGCUGCUGCUGCUGCCAGAACUGCUGUUGUUGGUGGUAUUGGUGGUGGCAGGAUUGGCAGGGCAGGCGUAAAAAGCAGGGCAAGGGGCUUUGCAGCAGAUAAGAACUCAGGAAAGGAAGGCGAGCAGACAACAAGUGGAAGGGUGAAGGGAGCAGCAGGGGCAGCAGGGGCAGCAGAUGCAACUGGUGCAGGUGCGGGUGGUGCAAGUACCAGUGGUGCAGGUGGUGUUAGCCGAUCUGGAGGUGCUCUCAGCAUCUCGGAGAGGCUUAGGCUGACGAGACUUCAGCAGGCGCAGCAGCAUCAGGAAAGGCCACAGCAGCCGCAGCAGCCGCAGCAGCAGCAGCAGCAGCGAUUCUCGAGGCUGCAUAAGCGAAAUCAGGAGCAGCCGCAGCAGGAGUUCCCUGACUCUGGGCUGAUGGGUCAGAUGGGUCAGAUGGGGCAGAAAGGUCAGAUGGAGCAAGAGCAGAUGGGCUGGGAUGAGCUACAAGAUUCCCUUGAAAUCUCCUCCCCCCCUAACGGCCAAGGUGCCAGGCUUGGGAGGGCGCGCGGGGGGGUUGCUGAGGAGGAUGAGGAGACGGAGGAGGAGGAUGAUGUGGUUGAAGUGGAUGACGUGGUUAUGAAGGAAAUAGAUGUGGUUAUGGGAACGAGAGGGGGGGCGAAGGAGGUGAUUGAGAUAGCAGAAGAUAGCACUGAUGGAUCGGAGGACUCCCCUCCGGACGUGAUCUUUCGGCGCCGGCAAAUUCUUCCGGGGAAGAAAGUCAGUGCUCCUGGUGGCGCCGGCGGUGGCGGCAGCGGUGGUGAUACGUUCGACGAGGCUUGCAGUGGCAGGCAGGAGGUGGUUGACAGCCCAAGGGAGGGGGGUGAGGGGGAGAAUGCAAGGAGAGAGGAAGAGAGGAAGGACGAUCGUGAGGAGUUGGGGUUGGGAGGCGAUGGGAUGGAUUGGGCACAAGGGGAGGAUCUGCUUGAUUAUUUCUUGCCUCAUGGGAGUGUAGGAGUUAGGGUUGGAAAUCCAGGGGGAGGGGGGCGGGAAACAGGGCGACGGGAGGAGGGAGGAGAUGGAGGAAAGGGAGGAGGGGAGGGAGCAAGGGAGGGAGGAGUGGGAGUGGGAGGUGUGGAAGGAGGAGGAGUGGGGUGGGAGAGGAUUGAGGAUGAGGCGGGAGGGCCAGGUGGGGAGGAGCAAGGGCACCUACAUAGUUCAGCAGCUGGUGCUGCUGGUGCUGCUGGUGCUGGUGGUGCUGGUGGUGCUGGUGAUGCUGGUGAUCUACCUGCUCCUGCUGCCUCUGCUGCUGGUGCGGUUCCUGCUGCUCCUGUCGUUCCGGCUGCUCUUGCGGCUGCUGCUGCUCCUCCUCCUCCUGCUGCUGCUACUGCUGCUGCUCCUCCUACUGCUUCUGCUGCUGCUGCUCCACGAUCUGUCCACCGUGAGUCGGUUAAGGGUGAGAAAAAGCAGCAGAAGCAUGGUGCGGGUGCUGGGGCUAGUGUUGGCGAUGCUGAUGCUGAUGAUGCUGGUUCUGCCGCUGGUGCUGCUGGUGGUGGUGCUGCUGCUGGUGCUGCUGGUGCUGCCGGUGGUGCUGCUGCUGGUGCUUCUGGUGGUAAUGCUGCUAGGGGUGCUGGUGGUGCCGCUGCUGCUGCUGAUGUGGAUGAUGAUGAUGAUGGAGACAUGGAAAGGCCAACGCAGGUGGUUGAUGCGCCAGGGGAUCAACCGGGCGAAGGAGGGGGUGGGGGCGGUAGAGUGGUGGCGGAAUGGAGAGGCGAGGGUGGACGAGAGGGGGAUGAUGGUUUAGGUGGGGUGAGAAGAGAGGUAGCAGUGGGGUAUGGAGGGGUGGAAGAGGUUGUAAUGGAUUCAGAAGGUGAGGAGGAUGAUGGUGGUGAUGGUGAGGAUGGUGAUGAUGAUGGUGAUGGUGAUGAUGCUCGUGAUGAUGCUCGUGAUGAUGCUCGUGAUGGUGCUGGUGCUGGUGCCGGUGCUGGUGCUGGUGCUGAUGGUGGUGCUCGGGGUGAUGCUCGUGAUGAUGAUGAUGAUGAUGAUGAUGAGAAGGUGGUUAUGGACUCAGCUGAUGAUGCUGAUGAUGCUCGUGCUGCUCGUGAUGCUGACGCUGGGAAUGAUGCCCAUGCUGACGCUCAUACGAAUGCGAAUGCUAAUGCUAACGCUAACGCUAGUGCUGGUGCUGGUGCUGGUGCUAAUGGUAAUGCUCACGCUAGCGCUAGUGCGCAUGCGUACAUUCGGUAUCAUCAUCACUCUCAUCCCUAUGCGCGUCCCCCUCCUAACCCACGUGCUCCUGCCCGCCUCAAUGCUCGUGCCCGUCCCAAUGCUCAUGCUCCUGCUCGUAUCCGUGGCCGUUCCAAAGCCCCGCCUCACACUGGCACUAAUGGUAAUGCCAACGCUGCUGCCACUGCCAGUGCCUCUGCUACUGCGAGAGCCAAUGCUAAUGCCAAUGGGAAUGGUAGCGCUCGAGCUGUUGCGAAUGCUCAUGCACAUAUCCAUUAUCAUUAUCACCCCGGGGUUGAUCCCAAUGCUCAUGCUCAUGUUAAAGUUGAUGGUGAUGGUGGGGGGAACAACGCCAACGGCAUGGGGGGUGCUGCAGCGGGUAUGCCUGUAGCGGGUGUGCCUGUAGCGGGUAUGCCUGCAGCGGGUAUGCCUGUAGCGGGGAUGAGGGCGGAGGGUGAAGACGCUGGGGCUCCCAGAAGGGCUGGGAUGCAGCCUUUGUUGCAGGGCAUACCACGUUCUGUGGCGCGAGCAAUAGAGGGAGCAGCAGUGGGAGCAGCAGAAGGGGAGGUAGAGGGAGCAGCAGAGGGAGCAGCAGAGGGAGGAGAAGGGCCAGCACAGGUGGAAGAAGAACGAGCAGUAGAGGGAGAUAGCGCAGCAAAGGGAGAAGGCAAAGGAGCAGCAGAGGGAGAAGGCGCAGCAGAAGGAGAAGGCGCAGCAGAAGGAGAAGGCGCAGCAGAAGGAGAAGGAGCAGCAGACGACACAGGAAAGGGAGAAGUCAAAGGAGCAGCAGAGGUAGUGGAGGGAGCAGCAGAGGGAGAAGGAGGAGGAGCAGUGGCGCGAGGACAGGAGAGGCAAGUGAUUGCAGACAUUGCUGGGGUUAGGGCAGGGAAAAGAGUAAGGGAAGACGCAGGAGAAGGUGUAGAGGCAGGGGGAGGAGAACUGCCUGCAAGGAGAGCAGAAGGGGUUAAAAGAUCGGGCCCAAUAGGGACAGAGACAGAGGGAGGAAGAGGGGCUAGGUUAAAAACUAAGCCUGGAGAGAGCUCGGCUGGUGGGUGCGAGAUAGAGGGAGGGAGGGAUAGGGCGAGUGGGGAUGCUGGGGGUUUGGGAGAGGGCAGUAGGCGGGGAGAUGUGAGGAGGUGCGGCAAGGCCAAGAGAAGCAUAGUGUUUGGUGAAGCAGGUGCGAGAGAGGGGGCUGAUGGGUGUGCAAUAGCGGGAAGAAGUUGCAGUGGUGCAGCAGCUGCUGCUGCUCCUGCCACCCCUACCGCUCCCAUUGCUGCUCCAGUUCUCUUCAUAAGCCUGGCUGGUGCUUCUAGAGGUACUGCUGGUGUAGGGCCCUCUUCCUCACUGCCUGCUCAUUCUCCUGGUGCUCCGGUCACCCCAGCUUCCUCUCUGCCUGUUCGUGCUCCUGCUGCUGUUGUUGCUGCACCUGGUGCUGCCACUAACCCAGCUUCUGUCGCUGCUCCCAGCGCCGCUCCAAGCGCUGCUACGGGUGCUGCGCUUGGUGCGCUGGCUCCCAAGCCAUGCGCACCAGCACCAACUGCCGCUUCUCCAGGGUUGGCAACACCACCAGCAACCACAGCAGCAGCAGGCGCAGCGGGACACGCAGCAGCAGCACCACGAACACUAGGACCAGCAACACCAGCAGCGGCAGCAGCAGCGGAAGCGACAGCAGCACCACCAGCACCAGUAGCAGCUGCUAUGGCAUCAGAAGCAGAAGCAGCAUCCACACUGGCGGCAGCAGCAGCAGCACCACGAGCAGAGGAGGCAACAGCAGCAGCACCACCACCGAGAGCAGCAGAAGAGGCAAAAGCAGCAGCACCACCAGGACCAGAAACACCAGCAGCAGCAGCAAUGGCAACAGAAGCAGGCAUAGCAGCAGCAGCUACACCAGCAGGACCAGCAACACCAGGAGCAGCACCAGCACCAGCACCAGCACCAGCACCAGCACCAGCACCAUCACCAGCAGCAGAAGCAGCAGCAGCAGCAGCAGCAGCACCAGCAGCAGCAGCAGCGGGUAUAGCUUCUCCACCCGCUCUGUCGCCAGUACUGCCCCCGUUCGUGCUGGUGCGAAUGGGCUCAGACUGCCUUCAGGUGGCUCUGCCCCCAUUCGCAAGCACGGGCAGUAAUGCAGGCACAGGGGGAUAUGCAGGGGGGCAGCAGCACGAGCAGCAGGUGCAGAGAGCAGAGGAGGUGACAGUAGGAUGGUUGAUGCGGCAACUGGAGCUUGAAUACCUGCUGCUACACCCAGAUGGCCAGUGCCCCAUCGUUCGCCGCCUCUCCCUCGGCAAUGUCGCCCUCGCGGCCUCACUGCCCCUGCACGUGGCGCUGAGUUUCGACACCCCUAACAUGCCAUGUGCGCUAGGCACAGGUGUCGGUGCGCACAUCACUGCUUUUGGCAGCGCGCCUGGCACAAGUGGGACCUGGGCCGUCUCAAGCCCUUAUCAGUUACAGCAGCAGCAACAACACUCCCCUUGGCCGACGCCGACACUCUUCCCCUCCCCUGCGCUAGUUGCUCACAUCCAUGCGUGGCGACCGCCGUCUCUCUCGCAGACCUACCACCUGGCGUGCGCUGAGCUGGGCACGCCUCCCUUGUCGCCUAUCAAACACGCCCUCUCACACCCGCUGCUGUCUCUGGAGCGCAUCUGCCUGCCGGGGCUGGGACUCACGGACGAGCAGGCAGAGCCUCUGCUGGAUGCUCUUGCCCGACUGCCCGCACUCACCUUCCUCAAUCUCUCACACAACCAGCUGGGCUGUUCAUCUCUCUUGCGAAUCGCGUCGUUAUUCGAGAAACAGCUCCCCUCCCAGCCCGGCAACGACAACCCGCCACACGUGCAGCAGCACAAUCCUCAGCAGCAGCAGCAGCAGCAGCACUCCGCUCUGCCAUCCAUAUCUCUUCCUUUUCCGGCCUUUUCCGGGCCAGCAACUAGCACAGCAGCAGCAGCAGUAGCAGAAUCAGUAGCAGAGACAGCAGCAGAGGCAGCAGCGGCAGCAGCGUUGGGGUAUGCGCCCCUGGCGGAUGUGCAUCUUUCUGCGCCUCGGCUGUCUCUGGACCUGCACGCCAACCGCAUCACCAAUGAGGCCCUCCGACGCCUUCUCACCUCGAGCUCUCCUUUCUUGCCGCAUCUGAGCCACAUUGACAUCUCCCAAAACCCCUGGAUCCCCCAUGCCUUCGCCCUGCGCUGCGACAACAGCUGGGCCACCGGCCUCCUGCACCUGCUGCUGCUGCGCUGCUCUUCCCUGUCGUCCAUUGUGCUACGGGCUGACGUUGAUGCUGCACACACGCCCACGUUCCUCUCCAGAGCCAUUCUCAAACUCUCUCCUCCCGCCUCGCCCAACCACUCCCCUCCUCCUCUGCAAUCCACCGCAACACCACCAGCAGCAGCCCCAGUACCACCACCAGCAGCCGCACCGCGAUCCCCAGUCCAGGCAGCUGUUCCUUCACCACCACCACAUUUGCUACCACCAUCACCAGCAGCAGCUGCUGCUGCUGCCCUGCCUCCUCUCUCGCGUAUCUCUCUCGACGGCUGCAGGGACAUGUCCAUCAGUGCACUCAAUCGCCUCUUCUCCGCGCUCUCCUGCCUUCCACUUCUCCAGGAUCUCUCUCUCCCCCGCUUGCCUCUCGACUCCCCCCAAGCGGCAGCUGCCUUUGCUCGCUUCCUCCUCUCCUGCCGCCGCCUCUGCUCCCUGCGCCUCCCUCACGCCACCUUUUCGCUGCCGUCUGCCUUGGUGUUCCAGCAAGUGCUGAUGGAAAUCGCACCUCCCUUUCAUGGACACUCUCAGCAGAAACAGCCGCAGCAGCACCAGCAGCCGCAGCAGCAGCAGCAGCAUCAGCAGCAGCAGCAUGCAUCUGGAACCCUACAGCCAGUGAGGUUCCACCUAGAGCAGCUAGACCUCGCGGGUGCCCUCAUCUCGGCUGCGCCCAUCACCCCUCCUGCCAGCGUGCCUGCCUCUCCCGAUGCACGCCACUUGCCAUCCCACUGGCCCUCUCACCUGCCACCACCGCUGCCUACGCACUUGCCAUCGCAUGCAUCCCCUGCAGCAGCGGCAGCUCACCAGCGCUCCCCCACACAUCCUGGUGCGGCGGCGGCAAGUGCCGCCUCUCCCCUAUUGAAUUCCCUGCAUAAUGCUGUCUCAACACGAACAGGAGCAGGAGCAACAGCAGCACCCUCACCAGCAGCAGCAGCAGCAGCAGCAGCAGCAGCAGCAGUGUCCGCUCAAUCUCGUUCCUCUCACCCCUCUGACGCCAUGGCUGUGAUGCUGCAUGCGCUGCUGCCUGCCUCCCCUCGCCUCCGUCACAUCAGCCUCUCAGGGGCUCACCUCUCCACCCCUGCCCUCCUUCCCCUGCUGCAGUACCUGGCGUCCCCUCUCUGCCGCCUCCUGCAUGUGGACGUCUCACGCUGCACCCUGCACCACCCCUCUGCUCUCGCACUGCUACAAGCCAUGGCAGGUCCCCGCCACUGCCCUAUUGGCUUCCUCCGCCUCUCCUUCAACCCAAUUCUCUCUCCCCCGCCCAACUCCCCUCCCACCCCUCCUCCCUCCGCCCCUCCCUCCGCCCACGUCUCCCCCUCUCCACUCCUCCCCUCCUCCCCUCCCAUCCCUCCUAUCUCCCCACACCGCAUGCCGCCUAGUGCCGCGAGUGCCUUUCCCACAGCUCCUCUCCGUUCCUUUACGGGGCCUUCGCCUGUAUUGUCUCCUGCUAGGUAUGCUGUGCACGCUCCGCCUUGCUCUGCUGUAAGCCCUUGUCGUAACGCCUUGUUACGAGAGCGGCCGGAGGACAUUCGGCAGCCGGCAAAGCGGCAGAAGCAGCACCAGCAACAGCAGCAACAACAGCAGCCACAGCAGCCACAGCAGCAGUACCAGUGGCAGCAGCAGCAAGAGAGGAGAACAGGGGCUGAGGCCGCAGGCGAUGUGAGACAUGGCCAAAUGGCGGAGGUGGAAAUGGUGGAGGAGAGCGAGGAUAAGCAAAGGGAGUCAGAGAUAGAAUGGUGGCUGAACCAGUGUGAGGAGGACGUUAUGAAAGGGAUGUACGGGGGGAUGAAACUACCAGUGGGAGAUGAAACUACCAGUGGUGCUGACGCUGCUGCUGCUGCUGCUGCUGAAGCUGCUGCUGCUGAAUCCGCAUCGCACACUGCUGCUGCAGCUUCUGUGGCUCCUCCUCUUGGUGCUCCUGUGGUUCGUGAAGCGUGUGAGGAGGCAGAAGGAGGAAUAAGGGCUGGAGCGGGGAUAGGGGUGGCAGGGGGUGGAAAAAAGAGAGGGAGGGUUGAUGGGGUGGAAUUUCUUCCAAAGCAGGACAAUGAAGCAGCUAGGGGAAAAUCAGCAGCACAAGUGCCACCAGCAGCAGCAGCAGCAGCAGUAGGGGAACAGUCAGACCACCCCAACCCCUUUCCUCCAGGCAGUCCCUCUUGGAGGGCAGAAGCUCUCCUGCAGCUGCGGAUUGCAGCUGAGGCUGCAGGAUUUGGCUGCUGCUGCCUUGGCAGUAGUGUUCGAGCUGCCAGUGGUGGCAUGGGCAGCAGCAAUGGCGGAGUCGGAAGGGGCAGGGCAGGCGAUGGUGGUGUGCUGGAGGUGGAUGGCUGUGGCUUGUCGUCUGACGAGUGUGCUUUGCUUCUUUCAUGCGAUAGUGUGAGAAGUGGUGACGGUGGUUCUGGGGAUGGUUGUUGUAGGAGCAGCAGGUUUGUGUGCGGUGGUGCAGUAGGAGGCAGGGUUACAGGUGCUGCAGGUGCGGGUGUUGAUGGGCUUUACGGGCUCGCUAGUGCGUUAGUCCCACCUCAUCAGUGCGACUUUUGCAGCGAGUGAAUGAACGAUGCUUGUUUGCUAAUGUGGUUUGCGUUGUUGCGAUGCUUUUUAAACCUGAACUGCCCUAUGUAAGACUAGUGCCCAUGAAUUAAGCAUAACUAGAUCAAUGAAGACCUUGGAUUGGU